AUGGAUGGAAUCAAGAAAACCGUGGAUUCUCAACCAACGGAAAAUGUCAAAGUCAAGGAAGAAACGAGCGAGGUUGUUGACGCCAAUCCACCACCUGUUGUUGAGCGACGACCGACAAGUCGUCGCAUCUAUUUCCGCCGGCCACCCAGAAACUCGGAUAUUUCCAAGUCGAUCCCAUCAAAAAUGGAGUUAGCCAGUGGUUGGGAACAAAAAUCAACAAACAUCAGCAUUCAGGAAUGCCACGAAGCAUUUAUCAAGGCGUUUGCUAUUCCCACCCAUUUGUACCGCUACCUAGCUCAAAGGCAUCGACAAAGGCCACUAUUCCUAGAUCGAACUCUUAGUUAUCUGCGCUCUCCACCUUCAGUCAUUCAAGCAGCACCACCAAAAAGACCUCCAGCGCUUCUUAUCAAAGCCGAUUUUAUCACGUCCUGA